AUGCGCCCCCUCUGCGUCCUGUUCUUCGUGGUGCUCGUCUCCCCGUCACCAUCCCCCUCCAUCAUCCUGCCCUUCGAGCAGAAAGGCCUCCCAGACCUGAGGAAGACCGUGGAUGUGGCAGAGCUGCUGGAGAUGAUGAUGAACGAUGAAGAGGGGUCGGGCUUUCAGGAGAUCAUCAAACUGGAUCAGCCGACGUGUCCGUUUGAGUGUGAAUGCAGUCUGAAGGUGGUGCAGUGCUCGGACCGAGGGUUAUACUACGUCCCUCACGAGCUUCCUCCUGACACCAGACUCCUGGACCUCCAGGGGAACCACAUCGCAGAGAUCAGAGAGAACGACUUCAAGGGUCUGAACAACCUCUACGCUCUGGUGUUGGUGAACAAUCAGAUCUCUAGGAUCCACCCUCGGGCCUUCCUGCCCCUUAAGCGUAUGCAGAAACUCUAUUUAUCCCACAACCUGCUGACUGCCGUCCCCAAGAACCUGCCCUCGACUCUGGUGGAGCUGCGCAUUCACGACAACCGCAUCAAGAAAAUCGCAUCAGGGACUUUUUCUGGACUUUACGGCAUGAACGUUAUCGAGUUAGGACGAAAUCCAAUCAAGAACAGUGGGUUGGAGGCCGGAGCGUUUAACGGACUGAGGCUGAAAUUCCUGCGGAUUUCAGAGGCCAAACUCACAAACAUUCCCAAAGGUCUACCUUUUAAUCUCAGAGAGCUUCAUCUGGACCAGAACCAGAUUACCACCAUCAAUGUAGACGACCUUGUGGAAUAUGGAGAGUUAUACAGGCUGGGCCUUGCACACAACAGGAUCCGCACCAUAGAGCACGGCAGCCUUUACUAUGUUGAGAAGCUGCGUGAACUUCACUUGAAUGAUAACCUGCUGUCUCGUGUUCCUGAUGGUCUGUCAGGGUUGAAACACCUGCAGGUGGUCUACCUCCACUCUAACAACAUCAGCUCCGUGGACGUGAACGACUUCUGUCCUAAAUCCUCCGCGGUGAAGAAGACUUUAUAUAACGGCAUCAGCCUGUUCAAUAAUCCCCUCAGUUACUGGGAGAUUCAGCCUGCAACCUUUCACUGUGUCAGCAGCAGCAGAGCCAUCCACUAUGGAAACAUGUAA